AUGGCCUCAGCUGCCUCUGUGACCAGCCUGGCAGAAGAGGUCAAUUGCCCCAUCUGCCAAGGCACCCUCAGGGAGCCGGUCACCAUCGACUGUGGCCACAACUUCUGCCGCAGCUGCCUUACCCGGUACUGUGAGAUCCCAGGCCCACACCUGGAGGAGUCCCCCACCUGCCCUCUCUGCAAGGAGCCCUUCCGCCCUGGAAGCUUCCGGCCCAACUGGCAGCUGGCCAACGUGGUGGAGAACAUUGGGCGCCUCCAGCUGGUGUCCAUGCUGGGCUCGGAAGAGGACGACAUCUGCCAGGAGCAUGGAGAGAAGAUCUACUUCUUCUGUGAGGAUGAUGAGAUGCAGCUGUGUGUGUUGUGCCGGGAGGCCGGGGAGCACAGGGCGCACACCCUGCGCUUCCUGGAGGAUGCAGCGGCUCCCUACAGGGAACAAAUACAAAAAUGUCUUCAGUGUCUAAGAAAAGAAAGAGAAGAGAUUCAAGAAAUCCAGUCAAGGGAAAAGAAAAGAAUACAAGUCCUCCUGACUCAGGUGUCCACUAAGAGACAACAGGUGAUUUCCGAAUUUGCACACCUGAGCCGGUUCCUGAAGGAACAGCAGAGCAUCCUCUUAGCGCAGCUGGAGAGCCUCGAUGGAGACAUCUUAAAGCAACAGGAUGAGUUUGACUUCCUGGUCGCUGGGGAGAUCUGCCGGUUUAGUGCUCUGAUUGAAGAACUGGAAAAGAAGAAUGAGAGGCCGGCAGGGGAGCUCCUGACGGAUAUCAGAAGCACGCUAAUAAGAUGUGAAACCAGAAAGUGUCGGAAACCAGAAGCUGUGUCCCCUGAGCUGGGUCAGAAGAUUCGGGACUUCCCCCAGCAGGCCCUCCCACUGCAGAGGGAGAUGAAAAUGUUUCUGGAAAAACUCCGUUUUGAGUUGGACUAUGAGCCGGUGUACAUCUCUCUAGACCCCCAGACUUCCCACCCCAAGCUCCUCUUGUCUGAGGACCACCGGCGUGCUCAGUUCUCCUACAAAUGGCAGAACUCGCCAGACAGCCCUCAGCGUUUUGACCGGGCCACCUGUGUUCUGGCCCAGGAUGGCUUCACAGGGGGGAAACACACAUGGGUGGUGAGUGUAGACCUGGCCCAUGGGGGCAGCUGCACCAUCGGGGUGAUGAGUGAGGACAUGUCGCGGAAGGGAGAGCUUCGACUGCGGCCAGAGGAGGGGGUGUGGGCUCUGAGGCUGGCCUGGGGCUUUGUCUCGGCUCUAGGCUCCUUCCCCAUGAGGCUUGCGCUGAGGGAGCAGCCCCAGCAGGUGCGGGUGUCUCUCGACUAUGAGGUGGGCUGGGUGACCUUUGCCAAUGCUGUCACCUGCGAGCCUAUCUACACCUUCACUGCCUCCUUCACUAGGAGGGUCUUUCCCUUCUUUGGGCUCUGGGGCCGGAGGUCCAGUUUCUCCCUUAGCUACUGA